AUGCCCGGUGGUGCUGUUUCCCCUAUCGGGGGCAUCGACGCUUCUCGCGUCGAGGCCCCCGUCACCGUCAAGACUUACUUGAUGUGUGCUUUUGCUGCCUUUGGUGGUAUCUUCUUUGGUUAUGACUCCGGAUACAUUGGUGGUGUCCUUGACAUGGAUUACUUCAUCUCGACUUUCAUGGGCUUGGACAAAGCCACCACUCCCGCCGCCGACUUCGUUAUUCCCGCUUCCAGAAAAUCUCUCAUCGUCUCCAUCCUAUCCGCUGGUACUUUCUUCGGUGCUAUCAUGGCUGGUGAUCUUGCCGAUUGGUUUGGUCGUCGUAUCACAAUCAUUGCUGGCUGUGUUGUCUUCCUCAUUGGUGUCGCUCUUCAGACCGCCUCCAGCAGCAUCGGUCUGCUCGUCGCUGGCCGUUUGAUCGCUGGUUUCGGUGUUGGCUUUGUCUCCGCUAUCAUCAUUCUCUACAUGUCUGAGAUCGCUCCCCGCAAGGUCCGCGGAGCCAUUGUCUCGUCUUACCAGUUCUGCAUUACCAUUGGUCUGAUGAUGGCUACCUGCGUCGACUAUGGUACUGAGAACCGUAACGACUCCGGCUCUUACCGCAUUCCUAUCGCUUUGCAGAUGCUCUGGGCUCUCAUCCUCGGUGUCGGCCUUCUCUUCCUUCCCGAGUCUCCUCGUUACUUCAUCCGCAAGGGUGACCAGGAGAAGGCCCGUGAUGCUCUCGCCCGUGUUCGCGGUCAGCCCGCUGACUCCGAGUUCGUCAGCAUGGAGCUGAACGAGAUCCAGGCUAACCACCUGUACGAGCUCCAGGCUACUCCCCAGGGUGGCUACUUCGACACUUGGUUCAGCUGCUUCAAGGGCAGCCUCUGGAAUGCUAACAGCAACCUCCGCCGCACUAUCCUUGGUACCUCUUUGCAGAUGAUGCAGCAGUGGACCGGUGUCAACUUCGUCUUCUACUUCGGAACUACUUUCUUCUCCCAGCUCGGCACGAUCCAAAACCCCUUCCUCCUGAGCAUCAUCACCACCAUCGUCAACGUCCUCUCCACUCCUCUCUCCUUCUACAUGAUUGAGAAGUUCGGUCGUCGUACCAUCCUCCUCUGGGGUGCCCUCGGCAUGGUUGUGUGCCAGUUCAUUGUCGCCAUCAUCGGUGUCACCGCCUACCCUCACCAGAACGCCACCGCCGCCAUGAUCGCAUUCAUCUGCAUCUAUGUCUUCUUCUUCGCUAGCACCUGGGGUCCCGGUGCCUGGGUCGUGAUUGGCGAGAUCUUCCCUCUCCCCAUCCGUUCCCGCGGUGUUGCCCUCUCCACCGCCUCCAACUGGCUCUGGAACUGCAUUAUUGCCGUCAUCACCCCCUACAUGGUCUACACUGAUGAGGGUAACCUUGGACCCAAGGUCUUCUUCAUCUGGGGCUCCCUCUGCACCUGUGCAUUCAUCUACACCUACUUCCUCAUUCCCGAGACCAAGGGAUUGACCCUUGAGCAGGUUGACAAGAUGAUGGAGGAGACUACCCCUCGUACCUCCGCCAAGUGGAAGCCCCACUCCACCUUCGCUGGUGAGAUGGGUCUUUCCGUCGAGAAGGCUGCUAUUGCUCCCGUUGUCAGCCACCAGGAGGUUUAA